AUUCAUGUUUUUUUUUCCUCUAGCGGUGACGACGACUCACUCAUCGAUGAUCGAACACAACCCCAGGACCCACCAAUGCUCCACGUAGCCUUGGACAACCAACGUGAAAACCAGCCAUCCACAAGCCAAAAUGUUGCACCGGUCAUUAUCAUACCGUAUUUCCCACUUGGCCUGGCAGUAUCACCAGAAGAGAGAACGCAGUUUAACUUCAAUUUGUUUCUGUAUGACAGCUUGCGUUUGCCCAAUGGGCUUUUUCCUGGUGAUGCAGCUGGAGAAAAGGUAUUUGAAGACCUGCAGACAUGCAGAGAUUAUUGUUCACGCUAUGUACAGAAAAGAGAGGAAUGGUGUGGAAGAGAGCAGGUAGAGUCAGACCACUCGCAAGAAAGAAGAAAUGAACUGUCCAAGGAGGAUAUGUUUCUAACCGCAGGAGAACCCUUGGAUGUAACCCUGAAAUAUGGCAACGAUGCAUUCGACCGCAACUUGAAAUUAGUACGCCUUGACCUCUUUGGGAAUGUCAUGAUCUUGAAUGCUCCCCACUGGAGCGAUGUCGCUGUACAGUUCACACAUGGUUUCCCUCGUCGUCUUAUCAUUGACAGCCAUCGUGGAAUCUUGCCUGGCAACAUCACUGUGGCAGCACGCAUUUCAAACCAAGCAAUUCGAAGUUUGUCCCCAGGUAACUGAGAAGAAAUGAUAGUAAUGAAUAUUAACCCUUUAAGUGCCAAUAGUGACCAACAUCAAUUUUCUCCUAACCAUAUCCAUAGAUUGUCAAGUGCAGUCUAAGAGAAUUAAUAAAAUGAUCACAAAGAGAAAAAUCUUUGAUCUUUCAUCAAAUUCUCUCAACUAAUUUCUUAAGGAAAUGUAUGGAGAUCAGUCUGGAGAAUUUGUAUGUAGAUAUUGGUGCUUAAAGGGUUAAUAAUACAGCACUAUGAUGAAAACAUGUUUUAACAAUUUUUUCUUCAAAAAAAUCCUGGAUGUAGCGUGGGUAUAGUAUUUCAUUGUAUUGCAUGUCUUCAGCAAUAGCCCUUCAUGAGAACAAAAUAAUCACUUUGUACAAAAGGUAAUCAGAGGCACUGCAUUGAAAACACAAGACGUAAUAACUGAGGUGAAUUACUGAGGAAUCCCAAGUUUGAUUUUUCUUUGGUGCUAGCAGAGUUGUCAUUAUUACCUUUGACAUUGACUCUCUUGCAGGUGACAUAGCUGCUUUCACCUCCAAAAAAAUGAUGCAAGGUUUGGGAUUGACCACAACAGAGCUGAUGCUUGCACGAGCUAUGGCAAUCAGAUAUGCAGGAAAAAGAGACAAACCUGUGCGUCUAAUUGACAUGAUGGCACGCUUUGGAGUUGACUUCCUCACCAUAACGCCACUGGUAUCAGAACAAGUACAAGGGCUCCGACAGGCAAGUUCUUCACACUGGAGGCGUAUGCUAGCUUCUGCUUCAGACGACAACUACAGCAGUUCAGAUGAAUCGGAGCUUUCUGUUAGCUGGGAUGCUGCAGACGAAAGAGAGCCACUUCCCUCACAAGGAACCGCGGAAUACAGUUCAUCCGUGACAAGACAUGUAGAAAAUCUGCUGCAGUGCUAUGUGUCUGUGUCUACGUCUACGCAGACAACAACUCAGGUAGGGUCUCUCAUGUGAUUAAGAGUAAAUCAGUCCAUAUCCGAUCCCUGGUAAACAGAAUGGUUAGAUAUAGAUAGUUUUCAUAGUGACGUCAUGAAAUUGUAAGGUCAAAAUAGCAAGGUUUAACGAAUUUCUCAUUUACACUAGGUUGAAGACAAACAAAAAGUAAAUCGUUGUACAAGUUUCCAUUCCUGUAGCGUGUUUCAUUUCCAAAGUACAGCAAUUUGAACUUCCGAGUUUUCACAGUCCGUGACACCAAAAUAGGAAUGCGGUCUCGUUGAAAAAAGUCUCUCCUCUUGAUUUUCAGCUGUAUAACCAUUUCAAGUAUUAGGUGCGUGAAACGUUUCGGCAAAUAACUCAGAAACUUUGGGCCACAAAGACCUGAGACUUGGAUAAAUUGAAAAGUUUAUACUGUACAUAGUUUUUGUUAAUUUUAAUUAAUUUAUUAAUUGAUUUAUUUUUUAAAUUUAUUUUAGUGUCCCCACUUAGUGGUUAUAUACCGCUAUUACAGUUUUGACACUUUAAUAAAGGUAUCAUCAUCAUCAUCAUCAAAAAUUAGUCUUUUAAAACAUUUCAUUUUCUUGGCUUCUUCCACUGGACGGUUUCCAAUUUAUUUUUUUGUUGCGUGACAGUGAAGACGAUCUAUAUCUUGUUAGUUCUCUAAAACAAAGGUCUUGGAUGAUGAAAAUGAUCGUAAAAUUAGUGUAUUAUGGUUAUAACAGGCACUGCAAGUUACAGCGGAAGCAACACGCAGAGCCAGUGGCAGUUCUGGGAUGGUACGAAAAAGAAAGCAGAAAACUCCCAGACGUGUUGUACCCAGGACUGGAGAAUCCCAGGUUCCUGUGGAAGCACCAACUUCCGACAACCAAAGACAGAGGGAUGAAGAACCACGGCCGCAAGCACCAACCAGCCCCCGCGAGCGUCUGCUAGCACUACCAGGAAUUGUAGCAACACGUAUCCCCAACACUGAGUCAUUGAACAGGCUUCAAAAGUUCCUGCGGGAGAACCAACCUUGCAACCCACAGCAGGUGAACUAAAAUUAAAAAACAUUAAAAAACUGCACAUUGAUUGACAAAAUGAUUUGAUAGGUGCUAACUUCAAAAAUAUUAGAUUGGCAUUUGCUCAUGGUAUGCAUAAUUUUUAAUUUGCAUCCUAUUUCCUCUGAAAACAAAUCAUCUUGAGAUGUAUUUAUAACAGGUAAAAGUUAAAUCUAGGUCAAAAUGUUUCUACCUAGGCUGAUUUUCGAUUUUCCUUUGUUCAUAGCCCUAAUUCAUGAAUAAUUUGGGCCGGGAGACAAAGGAAAUUGAGAAUCAAUCUGAACUGUUAAAGAGACAAGGAAAAUUGAGAAUGAACCUAGGUAAAAAAAUUUUCACCUGAUUUUGAUUUUUUUAAAUUUUCACUACUUGUACUUGUAAAGCACUUUUUAUUAUUUUUCAUUUACUUCAUUGAUGCAAAGCACCCAGUGGAAAUAGUAGGAUUGGAGACUUCUUAGUGCUUUAAAGUCGGGUAAAUGCAUUGACAGUACUUUCUGAAGAAUGAACUUGAAAUUCCCCAUUCUGAAGAGCUUUAAUUGUGUACUUCAACAGUUUAGAAUUCAACAAAAUUAAUUCAAUCCAACUCACCUGUUACUCUUUUUUUUUCCCUAGGUAGAAGAGGCAAGAUCUUCAGACACACAAACUUUGGGGGAGGCUAGACAAACUGUAGCUCUUCGGGUAUACACAGAUGAACGUGAAGAAAUAGUGCGGCAGCGAGUGUGUGAUGUUUGGACAGCUUCUCGGUUGGACUGCACCUGCCUUGGAGAGCCAGUCACAAGAGAAUCACAGGAUGAAGGAGACCAAAAUUGCCCAUACUGUCUAUGCCAGGAAGAAGGGGGAGAUAUCGCCAAUGUGAGAGGC